AUGGCUGUGAUCAUGGCGGUGGGCGGAGAUGAGGUAAUGACCUCGGAGCAAUUUGCUGCAUGGUUCGAAGGCCAAGCGCCGAGCCGGGAAACCGGCGCUCGCUUCGUGGAUGAGUUGAGACGGGAGGUUGCCAGGCGAAGACGCUGCGCGAAUUUCCGGCAGCUCCAGGUGCUCUGUGGGAGUGCGGUGCUGGAUCCUGGGAGCCCCUGGGAUACCACGGGGCCCUGGGCGGUUCUGGUGCGCCCCUUUGUGGAGGCGGAGGGGAAGCCGAAGCUCACGAGGGUGGCUCAGAGUGGCGACCUGGAGCAGCUGAUAAAGUUGUUGGAGCAGCCGGUUGAUCCAGCUCCUGCAGACAAGCAGCAGAAGACCGCUCUGUACUUGGCCGCUUUGUUCGGUCACGAGGCGCUGGUGCGCUGCUUGCUGGAAGUGGGCGUUGCCACGGAUGCGCCCGACCUGAACGGGUGCAGGCCGUUGCAUAUGGCCGCCUAUGCGGGCCAUCUGGGAAUCGUGCGGUGCUUGCUGGAAGCCGGGGCCGACAAGGACCAGGCAUGCGCUGGGCGAUCCACGCCGUUGCGUGUCGCUGCCGCAAAGGGCCGAAAGGAAGUGGUGGUGUUCUUGCUGGAAGCUGGCGCCGACAAGGAGAAGGCGGACAGCCAAGGGUUUACGCCUUUGCAUGUGGCUGCAGAACAUGGCCAGUUGGAGGUCGCACGCUCCUUGCUGGUGGCUGGUGCUGAAAUGGACAAGGCCAACCACUUUGGGUGCACACCUUUGUACUUGGCAGCUCAGCAUGGCCAUGAGGAGCUAGCCUGCUGCUUACAAGAAGCUGGGGCUAGGGCAUGA